GGGAUGGAGCGACUGCGCUCCAGCGAGCGGUUAGCGCAUUAUCAUGCGUUUGGCCGGUCCGUGUGUGGGAUGCUGUGCAAGUCUGCUGCAUAAAAGUGGACAGGUGAAGCGCCUGUUUGAGUGGGAAAUUUAAAGAAAACGCCCAAACAUUGUGAUAUUACCUGAUGUGUUGUGAGCCACUGCUGAGCUCUGCAUCUGCAGACGUGCAGGGUUCUCCCCCCCUCCCGCUGUAAUAUUUAUGACAAAACGGAGGCAAAUUAUUCUGGUCACGUUUUUGGCUGACAGCCGGCUGUCCUGGAGAGCUCUGGAGUGAAUCCGGGUCCAGUGUUGGAGAUAGCGCAGCGCACCGACACCUGCAGUAGGAUGUAAAGGGAAUUCCCACUCAGCAACCUGAAUCAACCACAGUUCUGGGCAUCAUCCUCAUCGCUGUCUCGUUUGAGCCAGAAGAAAAAGAAAGACGAGCAUGGUCUGGUGUGGGGGCCUCUGUUGCUAUGCGUGAGGGAGUGCUGUGGCGUCAAUGGAGACCGAAGGCUAUCGUGACCUCCUGGAGACCAGCGAUGGUCAGGGGGUAGGCCUGCUGGAUGUAGGGGGUGAGCUGGGGGUGGAGGAGGGCUGGAGCACGCCCUACCCCCUGGGCUUCCAGGUUUCUUUGACCACUGUGCUGCUGCUGGAGCUGGUGUUGGGCUUCAGCAGCAACCUGACGGUACUUGUGCUCUACUGUGCGCAGUCCAACCUGGUGGAUUCAGUCAGCAACCUUGUUACAGUCAACCUCCAUGUUUUGGACAUACUGGUCUGUCUGCUGUGUCUGCCACUGACUGUGGCUGUGAUCCUGCUACCAGCCAAUGAAAGUGGAGUUGGCAGCCUGGCCACACUGUGCUGCUUUCACGAAGCCUGUGUCACGUUCACCAGUGUAGCCACAGCAGUCAAUGUGCUGGUGAUCAGUCUGGACCGAUACGACAUCUCAGUGCGUCCAGCCAGUCGUCUGCUGACCCCCAGGCGUGCAGCUCUGCUCCUGGCAGCAGUAUGGGCUGUUUCCCUUGCUGUUUUCUUCCUGCCCUUCCUUGAGGGGGAUUUCUUCUCUUCGAUGGUUGAGGACAGUGAGGAUGAGGAGCCAAAAGGGCAGAACAAUGACUCUGAGUCCACCACUGGACUUACCAACAUUUUUUCCUCGCUUUCUCCUUAUUCCAUCUCACCUUCCUCCAUAUCUCCUUCCUCUUUUCCAUCAACGCAUCCUUCUUCCCCUUCACACCACCUGACUCCAGUAUGGCAGAACAGGACAUUGCUGUGCGUAGGAGGGCAGGGGUAUUACACAGGACUGGCUAUGUAUUACCACUUGUUACUCCAAGUGCCAUGCUUCUUCAUCGCCGUAGCUGUCAUGUUGUUUACCUACUCAAGGAUCCUGCAAGCUCUCAACAUUCGCAUAGGCUCCCACAUGAUGAGGGGUAAGCGAGCAAAGGACUCCACCUGCAGGAUCCGCUGCAGAAGGCGAAGAAAGAAAGACCUGAGUCUGCCAACAGAGGUAGUGUCCUCCAACCAGAACCAGAACCUAACCAAUCCAAACACCCCUACACCAACAUCGCCCCCGCCACUCCCCUCCAUGCCCCAGGGGAUUUCUGACAGUGGAGCAACAGUCACUACUGUCAGUACUGCUGCCACCACCCCCAUCGCCACUACACCGGCCAGUCUUGCUUCUCCACCUCCAGCUUCAGCCUCAUCCCAGACCCACGCCAACACACCACUGCCUGCCUCAACCAUGGGUGUACAGGCCUCGGUUUCUGCCAUCAUCGCCUUGAGGCGGGCAGUGCGCAGACACAGGGACCGUCGAGAACGUCAACGUCGCGUCCUUAAAAUGUCCCUACUCAUCAUAUCCAGCUUCAUGGGCUGCUGGGCCCCUCUCUCGGCAGUGAACGUCCUCAUCCUGUGUAUGGGACCCAGCGACAGCCUGGUGCGGCUGCGCCUCUGCUUCUUGGCAAUGGCUUAUGGAACCACUAUUUUUCAUCCUCUGCUCUACGCUUUCACCAGGCAGAAGCUGCGCCGGGCCCUCAAAACACGUGUAAAGAAAAGGGUAGUGUCCCUUCUGCAGGUGGACCCUGCUCCAAGCGGGGGGACAGUUAUUCAUAACUCCUGGGUGGAAGGUGGAGGCCAGAGGAAGAAUCGCAAGCCAAGAGGGGAGGCCAGUGAUUGCACUGAUCGAUGCCUCACAGAGGCAGUGAGGGAAUAAGGCUGGGGGGGGGGGGGGGGGUGUGUGUGUGUGUGUGUGUGUGUGUGUGUGUGUGUGUGUGUGUGUGUGUGUGUGUGUGUGUGUGUGUGUGUGUGUGUGUGUGUGUGUGUGUGUGUGUGUGUGUGUGUGUCUGUGUCUGUGUGGCAUUUGAAGAAUUGUAUGUGUCUUACCAAUUUGCUAGAGAUGUUGUGUGUGUAUCUGUGUGUAUAUUUGUUCAUGGGUAUGAGAAAUACCAGUUAGUUUACAAAGGUCAGGACAAAUCCCAUGACCACUGGUUCCAUGCAUAUGUGGAGACAGGUGAGCCACAAGCUUGUAUUAGAGCCUGCUUUCUGCUCUACUACAGAGGCCCUCAUUAGUCCACUUUCUGACUGACAAUGUGGCCCUUGUGUCUCCAUAACAACACCGGACAAAAAUGUUGACAACUUCAUAGUCCAGGCCAGUAAAACGACUAGUGUGCACGCUACUUGUAAGAUAAGGGUUAGAAAACAGCAAAUGCAUACAUUACUGUUUUGGCGUGCAAUUUAACAUGCAUGUGCAUGUAAAUAUGCACACAGUAACAGGUAUACACCCAUACUCACAAUUAAAUUGCACACUGAUCUAUAUUCAGUCAAAAUCUGUGAAAGCACACCAAUAUCUACCUGCACAGAUAUUCUCAGUGAGAUCAAUAUUAAUGGGAGUCUAUAUUUCUCAUUCUUUCCCUCAUUUUUUCAUGCCUUAAUUGAGUUAUUAAUAAAUAUUCUUGUGGUGCUGAAUGUCUUCUGUAUGUUUACAAACAUGAAUUGGAGUGAAACUGUUUGCACAUACUGUAUAUGGUAUAGCAAAUUAAUUGCAGGUAAAUACAAGCAUUCAGAUUCAAAGUUUACAGGCUCAGAUGAAACUACCAGGAAACUGCAAAAAAAAUCUAAUUUUGUUUCCAGUUAUCACCAUCUUUCAAAAAUGUGUGCUGUUCAAGCUAAAAAGGCAUGACUUCAUUAUUUUGUAUUAAAUGAACUUUAUGAGCAACAGUCAUGAUUGGCGUAAGAGAGGAUGUGUGAUUUUGCCUGCAUGUGUGCAUGUACUGUAUGCAUGAGUGUGUGCGUGUGCGAUGUAUCAGGAAUAAAUGAGUGUGUGUCUGUAUUCGUGCAAUAAUUAAUAAAAGCAAUGACCCCUAGGAUGUGAACAAAGAGAAUGUGAACACUGAACUGUUGGUUUUCUACUUAAGGUUUAGAUUACUGGGGAAAGAGAGAGGAAAGGGGACUUUAUCUUUGUGAUAUAAAACAAGAACACUUGGAGCAAUUGUAACUACAGAGGCCACUGUAAUCUUACUGAAAUUGUAUCAGCUCAGUUUUGAAGAAAAAAUCAAAGGGGCACAUUUUUCUGAAAACUUAAUUUAAACUGUCAUCUGUUGUCACUGCAGAAAAAACUAGCAUCUUUUACAAGAGAAAUCCCAUUAUGGGGCCUAAAAACUUCCGACAUGGGACAUUUCCUCGUGUUAGCUGUUUCCGUGGACUCACUGCUUUUUGAACAACACUUUGAAUGACUGCAGAGGCAGAAAAACCUCUCUGGACUGAGUCCUGGACAUUUUCUCCUCAGGGUUUCAUGUCUCAUUUUCCAACGGGCUGGACAUAAAAUAAGAAACCCGCCCUCAAUCAGCCGUUGUAUAAAGGGUGUUACACAGUGUAAAGAUUUAUGUAAGUUAGUAGAUAGAGAACACUUUCAACUUUUUAUUGGCUCUUGGAGAGCGUCUUUGGGAUUUGGGCUAUCUCCUUCAUUCUCACCUCUUUUACACAAUUUGUGAGCCAGACAGAAGACAAUAAUUCUUGUGUAUUCAUGUACAUUUUUCAGGGAUGUAAAUAUUGAAGUGUCUGUUUUGGGUUUUAGUCAAAGAAAAUUGUUUUUCAUUUGGUCACAAUCAUCUGCCGGACAGAAAAUCAGCCAUUGUGAUAAACUCUGAGUGAGUUGGAAAGCUAAUGUAAAGAGAAGAUACAUGUAACUGUAUUUGUGUUAAUACUGUAUGUGUGUACACUGUACUGUACAUUUAUGACCAGGUGUAUAGAGAAAUAUUAGUA